GUUCGGGUCACCCUUUCGUCCAACAUAAUUAACCGUGAGGGUGAAGGGAACCGCCGGUACCCUAAUUGUACAGCCGGGGCCAUCCUCUUCCUCCUCCUCCUCGUCCUCGGUUUCGUGCUCUAGCCGUUUUGGCUCGAGCAUCUCGUGCCCGAAUCCGGCAGCGCUUUCGUGGCACGUGCACACCGCUGCUCGCCACAAGCGACACAACGACAUGAGGACCUCUGCAGCGGGCGUCGAGAAGGCGAAGAAGCGCUGCAGCCUCGCCGGUCUCUGCGUAAGUCUGAGCGGAGUGGUGCACAGAGCGCUCGCAGUGUUCGUAAUCGUUCUAACUUUGAGCGUGAUCGUGGCCGCCAUCGCGGGCGGUGGCAAGGGGACCGUCAAGGAGUGCGAGGAAAAGGUGGACCCUUUCGUGCGCAUGGCGCAUUUGAGCGCCGCGCAGGCGGCGGAAGCGCACCGCGGCAUCAUCACCGUGCAGGUCGUGGCCAUGGCGGUCACCGCCCCAUCCGCGUUCAGCUUGCUCGCUUUCGCUGCCACGAGUCACAUGUGCAGAGUUGCUGAGUACGCGACCUGUCUGUGGUUGGAAGUGGUGUUUUUCGCGUUGUACAGUUUGUUCCAAUGCAAUGGUCUGAACGGGGAGCUAUUCGGCGUAUUUAGUGGUUUCAUGCUUCCCGUGAACAUGACAGUAUUCUAUGUGCUGCUGCUGCGUCAGGUAAAGGCGUUGGAAAGAAGUUCGUUCCUUGAUCUCGGCUAUCGGCGCCUUCGCAGAAUGAUAGUGACUAUGUCAAUCUUCGGCACUAUUGCCUUCAGCUGCAGCAGGAUUGCGCGUGGACCUUCGCAUCAUCCCACCCGAAUCAUAAUGGGUAUUCUCGUCUGGAUCACAAUCUUUUGGUUCUUGAUGGGGUUGGCCGUGUUCCUGCGCGCGUUCUGGCGAGUGCUGGCGAUGGCGCGCGAGACGCAGCGGCGAGGGGUGGUCACCGAGGAGGUCAGGACCGUCCCUCGGGUUCUGAUGUUCCAGAUGGUGGGAUCAUCCAUGGCGGUCGUGAGCUUCUUCGUCGCACUCGUGAUCAGAAUGUGGACGUCGGACAUGACUUGGCCAAUAGUGGGGCUCUCUGUGGACGAGAGGACGCCCAAGUACUUGGUCCUGGUGCAGUGCAUUAGCUUGAUCGACACCACGUUCAACGCCGUUGCCGCCCUGGCCCUCAGUGGAGCCUUCUUCGGGGCACUCAGCGGAGGCUUGUCCACGAUGCGCUCGGCGCGUCAGCGCCACCGCACUUGGAACGAGUUCUCCGCGGAGUGGGAACGACACCCCGAUAUGAACUGGAACACCAAAGUCGACGAGUUGGCCUGCAGGGGAUUCACGCUGCAGUCGCUGCUGAAGUUUUACUGCAGGCUGGGCAGGGACGUGAUGCCGCACUUCAACCCUUCGAAGCACACCACGGAGGACGUGGUCCGAGGCGCCAUCAUUCCCCUGUCGGCAGAUAGCAAAACAUCUAUGGCUGAAAUCAUGAUGGACCAACGCCCUGUGCGGCCCGACAGGAUGGUGACUCACAAUUGGGGAAACACCUUUGCCGACCUGGUUGCGGCUAUUGUGUCAGACGCUCUUUCCGAGACGGAGUACUGCAAGGUGUUGGUUCUGCUCGUUCACGACAUCGACACCCUCAUGAGGUGGGUUACCCAGUCACAAGUUGGAUCUCGAACGUACUGGGUGUGCGCCUUCUCGGUGAACCAGCACCGCAGCAUCUGCGCCGCAAAUCUCUGCUCGAGGAGCGACUCGGUGACGGGCGAGCUCUACCCCCUCUGCACGUGCGGCCUGGAAAAGGCGUUCAACAACACUCCGCCCCUGACGAGCGAGGUGGCAAGCGAUGUGGCGACAACACCACCUCGCAGUCGAACACCACCUCGCGGUCGAGUGACGACACCACCUCGCGGUCGAGUGACGACACCACCUCGCAGUCGAGUGCCAACACCACCUCAGAAGCGACAAAGUGUGGCGUGUGAGAUGAACAAGUUCGAUCAGCUGAUGAUGUCCCUGUCAGCUCGCAACGAGAAGUUCGCCCAGGUGGUUGCAGUCGACAAGAGCUUCGACAUCUUCAACCGGGCUUGGUGCAUGUCUGAGAUUGCUGCCGCCAAUUCAGCAGGCAUGUCCCAGUCACUGCAGCUGCCAUCCCUGGCCCACUUGGAGAAGAGGCAGGGCGGACUCGCUAGCCUGAAAAUCAGCAGCGCGCGGGCCAGCAUGCCAGAGGAUAAGCAGGCGAUCUUGGACAGCAUCCCAGACCACGACGCAUUCGACCGCAGGCUUCGAGACCUGCUGCUCGGACAGCUGCUCCCGUCUUGGUCGAGGCUCGACUCGUGCGACCAGAUGUUCCAGGCGGGACGCAUUGCUCGCUGGCAGAGCGUCGCGCAGAAGUUCCCCGCUGCAGUCUGGCGCUUCGGAGUUGAUGGUGACGAUCUUGGCGACAGGUCAGAGGACACGACAGUUCAUCUGUGACAGGUCAGAGCACCGACAUCACCAUUUGCGACACGCGCGCCAACACAUCACACUUUCCGUCUCGGCCUAAUGCCGCACGGAAUCUGUUGGAGGGUGCCUGCGGGUGGCGCUUCUGUGUUUCGGAACUUUUUCCGUCGGCGCCGAGGCGGCGAACUCCGCUGCAGCGAGAAGCUAGAAAAGGACACUAACUAGUGCACUGGCCGGCGGGGAAUGGGGGGGGACGGCCGUCCUGGUGUGAGCUUCACCCCCGUAGUCCUCCUCCUCCUCCUCCUCCUCCUCCUUCUCCUCCUC